CUGGAUGACCUCUACCUCGUCGCCCUCGUUCACCCCCGGGGGGUCAAGUCGCUUCGGGACCUCACCGCCGAGCACCUCCCGCUGCUGAGGAACGUCUUGCGGGAAGGCCAGGAGGCCAUAGCGAAGCGUUUCGGGGUGCCUGGCUCCCAGCUGCGGAUCUACCUGCACUACCAACCCUCCUACUACCACCUGCACGUGCAUUUCACCGCCCUGGGCUACGAGGCGCCGGGCAGCUCGGUCGAGAGAGCCCACCUCCUGGCAGACGUCAUCGACAACCUGGCCACGGACUCCCUCUACUACCAGAAACGGGCUUUGACGUUCGCCCUUCGGGCUGACGAACUUCUGUUCAAGAAAUUCCAGGAGGCAGGAAGAGUGUGA